CCUCCCUGGGGGGAAGGUGAGUCUCCCCGGAUCUGCCGCUUGUUGGGUCCCUGCUGGAGGAGCAGGGGCCCGACUGUGCCGCGGAUCACGGUUUAUGGCGACCCGGAGCUGAGAGCCCGCGCCUGGCCUCCGCCUCUGCAGCCGGCUUCCCUGCUCCGUUACCUGGGAGCUCUGCCGCACUCAGGCACCCCCAGUCUUCCUGUGACCCCGAGGGUCCUGAGGCCACACUGUCCCGGAGGGUUCCACCCCCUGCUUAGCCCCCAGAGUGACGUCCCUCAGCGGAGCCGACUUCUAAAAGUUCCGAUUUUGUGCUCGGCGGCUCUAUCACUUGCCAGAAGCGGCCGAGGGAGGCCCCUCCCCCGCCGUCUAUCCCGAAUAUCGCCUCGGAUUCACUUCUCCGCACGUCCUACCUUCCAGAAAGUGGUCGCUUUUCUGAUGAGAGAGUUGUUGCUCUUCUUUUCUUCGAUAUCCUGUUGGGUUUGUAGGUGUUCAGAAUGGUUUGAUCCCUAUCCAGCUGAAUUCCUGAGACCAGACGGAAUCCAGGUCUCCUAUUCCUCCUCCAUCUUGCUCCUCCCCCCAGUAGUGUACUAUUUUAAUAAACGUCCAGUUGUAAAAUCCUUACCACAGGACAGUUCCAUGUUCCUCCUUCUGUCCUUUGUGCUCUUGUCAUAGAUUUUAUAUCUACCCAUGUUAGUACCCCCACAGUACAGUGUGAAGUUUUGCCUUAAGUAGUCUCAGGUCUUUGCAACAAAUGAAGAGGGAAGAGUUGUUAGUAUGUAUUUGGGGACAGAUGCUGAGUCACUGAGGAUUCACUGUUUCUCUUUUGAGUUCACUGCACUGUUUGCUUCCACCAGUGAAUGUGGCAGGAGGUAGGCCACAUGACUUAUUUUAUAAAUCAGUAUUGCUGCAGGCAUUUAAAAAUAUUGUAUGAGGUGGUCUAUCCCGAAUUACAAAAGAAUUACCGUUCAUCAACUGUUAAUGAGUUGCUUGGUGGGCAGUCAGGUUUUACAGAAACAACCUUCAGCAGGGUGUUUGGAAAGUGCCGGGGCCUCAGUGUCCCCAAAGCAGCACUCCAGUCCCCAGCGCCUACCCUGGAAGUAGAACAGCACCAUCCUGGAAAGAUGCAUCCUGACAUUGCAGCCCCAAGGGUAGCCCUGGGGACUUCUCCCGCACUAACUGCUCAGCCAGGGCGCUGCCUCUGUUCAAGGCCAAGAGGGGUGCAUUUCACCGUGGCUGCCCUCCAGCACAGGAGUUGGCUGUCAAGGUUUAUAAGGUCUUGUCUGGGGGCAGUAAUGGGGAAAGAAAAGGUCUUUAGCAAAGAACUGGGUGCAUCAGCCCAAAGUCAGCUUCAUUAUUGAUAGUCUGGUCUCCAGCAGAAUGUUCUAGGCCCCAGGGCUGCAGUGGAAAAUUUCACCAGAAGGAUUCAAGUCAUUCCUACUACAAUUUCUUGAACGUCAACAGGAAUUAAACAGGAGGUGCCAGGAUACCAUAAAUACACCACCAUCAGCAAUGAUUCCAACGUACAAAGUCACAGUGUUGAAAACAUGUAGGCUGAGUAUAUUUCAGAGCUGUGAUGGGCCAGAGGGAUCCACGGGGGGGACAUUGGGGGUGGAGGCUGUCCAUGGUCAUGUAGGAGCUCUUGGGAUCAGACCACAGACAGAACCUGCGUCUUCUGAAUCUCAAGCUGUUCCUCCUUCAUUGCAUAACAUCGUCAAUGAAGAAACUGAUUCAAGGCCUCUCACCGAUUGUGUGAAAUAGGUAGGUGGCUUCCUUUAUGUAUAUCAUUUAUGCUCAGAACUCAUGGGUCCGCAGUGUUACUCUUCACUACCACACUCUUAUUCUCUGGACCCUCAUUCUCCAAUAGCUGUGGGAGGGACUGGGGGAGGGAGAGGAAGGGAGACUGAGCGGUCUCCCGUGAAAAUGAAUAUAGUUUCCCUUAUCAUUAAAGACGAAGAAACCAAAAAGAGAGUCUUCCCCAUUGGUUCUCUCACAGCUUGGGGGAGGCAGGUCCUAGUUCACACUGAGUAACACUUGUUAUAUAAGCAGAUGUCUGAUUGAACAGCAACAGAAAUACAAGGUAUGUGCAUGCAGUUGAGGACCUGAUAAGAUCAGUUGGUUAAGGUGACAUAGGAAGAGUAACCUGAAUUUCAAACCUUUUUUCUGUUUGGGAAGAGAUCGUUGCUCUCCACUGCCUGAUCGUCGAAGGGGUAAAAUUUCUGCAAAUGCUGGGACAGGAAGGGGUCCGAAACCAGGAGGCGGUGUGUGUUGUCAGGAAUGCCCAGGAUACCGUCCUUGCCCACAGGACCCCGGAAAGUGGGGAUCCACACAGGUGAGUGUCCGUGCGGGUUUAGUGGUCUCUCCUCCCCAGACUCAAGUGAGGCGGGCUGUGGUCAGUCCCUCCAGAGUCCAGGAUGAGAAAGGGGAAAAGGAGGAAGUGGCUGGCUCAGAGCCGCCCUGUGCAGUGAUGUGGUUGUGCACUGCCAGGCCUUCGGGCCGUCUACACCGUCUCCCGUGGGGCCUUUCUAUGCGUUUUUUCUCUUCAUCGACCCGCUUUGCCAACUAGGUAGAUUUCUCAUUAAGUGAUAGAAGAAACGUGGAGUAAUAGCCGUGGCCACAUGAGCACAGUGCCGGUUAAACGAAAGCUGAGACACACGAGAAGCCAAGCGGUAUAUAUAAACAUUCCUUCUGAACCCCAAAGGACGACCCCAAACCGAAAAGAAACAUACGAAGAAGUCAAAGCCAUUUUUGAUACGUGCUGCAACUUCUUAAGGUCUGCACCGGUGAGAUACAUGGGAGUACAAGGAACCAGAUGCCUCCAGUGCUUGCUAACUCCUUCCACGCCAUGUCCCAGGAGCCACUGUCCCUGUGAAUCAGGACAGGCGUGGAAAGCCCUUGGCCGAGCCAACUUGCUGUGAACUCUUCCCCAAGGCCCUGCAGUGAUGAAUCCACAGGCUCAUUCUGCCUGUCCCCUCGUGGCUGGCAGGAGGACGCCUUGGAUAAAGAGUGAGCUUCCAUCGCCCAUGCAGUGGAGCCAUCCAAGUCCCGUGUCUGGCUUCACCCACUACCAGGUGUCCAGCUCAUUCCGUAGACCGUCGAUACCUGAACACCUACAGAGCAGUUGUGAAGCACCAGACAGUUACUGCGCUCCAGUCUCUACUUGGAGGAAAUCACUUUUAGCGUCACAACAGCGCACUAGUGAGUAGGCGGUAUGAAUAUUUCCACAUCUCAGGACAGGGAACUGAGGCACAGAGGGCUCUCGGUAACUCUCUCAGGUACGUGUAGCUUGUAAAUGGGAUGUGAAUCCAGGCCAUCAGGCGUGGUCACUGUGCUUUGCUGCGUUUCUAUAAUAUCUCUGCUAAAUAACCGUGGUUGCCCACAAAACCUGUCAGGUGGGGGAUUUCAGGGCACAGCACCCUGCAACAUCUUCCUAAGUCCCACUGUGCGGGAAGACUUUCUGCUGGGCAGCUGGUGAGUAGGGGGAGCAGAAGGUUGAACUAGGAGUAAAUUAUGUCUGAUUCCCCUGUGGUCUUCUGCCUGCAAGAUGCCAACACUGCUCUCUAUUUCUGUGCAGUUCCCGGGACUCUGUGUGGACGAUCAGCCUGAAGGUGUGCAGCCCCCCGCAACCACAUCAGCCCCUUCCACACAAAGAAGGAAGAGUCCACUUUUCUCUCCAUAAUCAGAUGUUCCCAAUCGGGAACACCGAGGAAGGUGCUGUGAAAAUUUACUCAUUACCUCAAGAAUAGCUACUAUGGUUUCUUCAGUGUUGAAUACUUACGAGAAAACUACAAAGAUGCUGCCUCAUGUUUUCUAUUUCAUGUGAGCAAAUUUAUUAAGUGCAUCAUUAGCAUCACUACAGAAGUCAAGAUGCAUUUGUAACUCAACAUCAGAAGUGCACUCAGGUAGGAAGCAGUGGGUCAGGGCUCCUGGGACAGUCAGGUGGACCCUGCGUCUACCUAGAGGUCAGCCUCUGUCCUGCCAGGGGCAAUGAGGCAGAGCACCCACUUCAAGCCUGACUGUCCCUGUUGUUUCCCAGACCCACCCGGGCCGCCCUGCAAUUGUCCAUGCGCAGGAUCACUUUGCAGAGUUUCUAGGCUCAGGGACAGGGAGCAUCGCUGUGCCUGUCAUUCAUUUCCUCCUCCCAGCUCUUGCACUUCCUCUCUCUGCUGCCCAUGAGCACCUCUCUUCCUAGCUCUUCCCCACCCCCUCCUUUUCUAAUGCCCACCCUGAAGGAUCUGGUCUCCUGUGGGCACUGAGGCCCUGCAUCUGCAGUGUCCAGGAAACUUCUCUGCAGCCCUUCUCGGCCCCUUUCUAGCUAGUGUCGCCCUGGCCCCAGACCCUGGGUCUGCACCCCUGAGUCUGGGGAGCAGCCCUGAAUAGCCCAGUGGGCAGCGGGGUUUGGACUCAGCAGGGAGGAGGAGCUCUGGGAACUGAGGAUCUUCCUGGGGCCCCCAAUUGGCUGUUUCCUGCCUGGGUGGCACUGGUCAUGCUCCAGGCUGCUUUUGCUUUCAGCUCUCAAGAAGCUUCCUUUCCAUCGACUUAAGAGAAGAAGUAAGAGGAAGCAGUUUGAAAGUUAGAACAAGAGGAGGAAAUACCAGUGUGGUGAGGUUGGCAUGAAAAGGGGAAGACAGCCUUGUGCCCGUGCUCUCCAUCGCUUCCCCGAUGGACUUGUUGUCACUUCAGGAAAACGUUCCAAAAACGUGGGGGGCCUGCUCUUGCGUGUGACCACAAAGUGGAGACAAGGGGGUGGUUGUGAGUAGACCACGAGUCAGACCCUCAGGAGCUCAGUCUCGCAUGUAAAGAUGCUGGGGCAGAGGGACACAGAUUGGCCUCCCUGCCGUUCCAGGCAUUUCCUUUCAGCAAAACAUCAUGGCUUCAGAUUCAGGCAGGGAUUGACACGUAGGGGUGGAGGCUGGGUCAGGCCAGUGCCCUUUUCUGGGCGGGAAAUUUGGGGAAAGGAGGGAGGGGAACCCUGAAUUCAGAAGUCGAGCACAUAAGCUAGAGGACUCAGGGGGUUCAGGGAUCUCUGUCUCCAGAUAACCAACUUCUUCUUUCUCCCUGACCCAUCUGUCAUUGCACUGUGCCUCUGGGCAAACCAUUUAACCACUCUGCAUUUCAGUGCCAUGAACCACAAAACAGGGGGCAUAGCCCCUAGCCCCUGCAUCCCACAGGGAUGAUGGCAGAGGAGAGGAUAUGAUGACAGAUAUUCUCCAUGAGCGGUAAUGCAUCGUGCCCAUGUAAAUGCUGAAAGGCCACCUUCCACCCUCCUUUGCCCUGUAGCCAUCGACGUUUCCUCUCUGGGGGGCAGUCACCCCUAUAUUUCUUUCAACGGUUCUAUUUUUGGUGUAUUUUCCAGGAUCGUGGCUCAGGUUAGAAGAGGGAAAAUAUCAUAAAGGGUUCAAAUCGGGGAGUCAGAGCAAAAUCAUCUACAGCCAAGAAAUUUUCCUGGCUGUCACCAUCCGUGGUUCAGCAGCACCCACAUGGGCAUCUGGCUAAAUGAUGGGGGAGAGUCAUGCAAAUCACUUCCACUGACUACGACGUCGAAGGCCAUGAUUGUGACUGAUGAUCCCUGGGGUCAACAGAACAUAUGUCUCAGAUGAAACUCUUCAUGCAGUCGUGUGAGACUGUUAGGUCGCACACAUGACAUUCAACGUAAAAAUAGAGUGUGCAGAGCUGCUUUCACUCUGAAAGUUCUGUCAUGACCCAUUGCCAUGGUGACCAAUGAUGCAACCGUUCCUUCCAUUUCAACUGUCACUCUGUGAGCCGAGCCCUUGCAGUUUGGUAACAGGUGUGAAGGUUCGCACGAUGGGCAACCUGAAUUGCUGUUCUACAGAACUUUGUGUGGAAGAUCAGCCUAAAGCUGUGGAACCCCCCACAACCACAUUGGCCACUUCCAACGGAGAAGGAAAAGAGUUUUCUUCUCUCUCCAUAACCAGGUGUACCCAAUCGGGUAUAGCGAGGAAGGAAGGGGCUGUGCAGAGGCUAACCACGCAUCCGUGUAGCUGCUCCGCCUACUGCGGCGUCAACCCCUCCCAUAGCCUGGAUAAUUAACUGCGCCUGAGGACGAACCCCGACCGACCCGCUGGGCCACGUGCGCGGAAACAGGAAGUUGCCUGGAUGCUCGGCGGGCCGGAGGACAGGUACAUGGCUAAGCGCUGGACACCUUACCAGGAUUCCACAGUUCUCUCAUGGUGAAUUCUUGAUGGAUUUCACUCCUCGAUGCUGGUGACUCCUGGCAGGAGACAUGGCUCUGAUUCGGCUGGGGUUUGGAAGACAGCAUCUUUGUCUGCUAAAGAGAAGGAGUUCCUUGCUGUUGAAACUCACAGCUGUUGUCUUUGCCGUGCUUCUGUUUUGUGAAUUUUUAAUCUAUUACUUAGUGAUCUUUCGGUGUGAUUGGCCUGAGGUGAAAACUCCAGCCCACGACAGUGGACAAAAGACUCUGAAAGCCAUGUUUUUGGCUGAUACCCACUUGCUUGGGGAAGUGCGAGGCCAUUGGCUAGACAAAUUACGAAGGGAGUGGCAAAUGGAGAGAGCCUUCCAGACGGCUCUGUGGUUGUUGCAGCCAGAAGUCGUCUUCAUUCUAGGGGACAUCUUUGAUGAAGGGAAGUGGAGCUCCUCCCAGGCCUGGGCAGAUGAUGUGGAGCGGUUUCAGAAAAUAUUCAGACACCCACGUCACGUGCAGCUGAAGGUGGUUGCUGGCAACCAUGACAUUGGCUUCCACUAUCAGAUGAGCACAUACAAAAUAAAACGAUUUGAGAAAGUUUUCAACCCCGAAAGGCUGUUUUCUUGGAAAGGAAUGAAUUUUGUGCUGGUCAACAGCGUCGCCCUGGAAGGGGAUGGCUGCCACAUUUGCUCUGAAGCCGAAGGCGACCUCAUCGAAAUUUCUCACAAACUGAAUUGCUCCCGCGAGGUAGGAGAGCACCUGAAGGCACAGAAACGUGGCCCCGGCCGCUGCCAGGGGGCGCCGCUGCUGCCCGCGUCGGCCCCGGUGCUCCUGCAGCAUUUCCCGCUUUUCCGGAGGAGCGAUGCGAAUUGUUCCGGGGAGGACGCCGCGCCUCUGGAAGAGCGGGCCAUCCCGUUUAAGGAGAGAUACGACGUGCUCUCCCGGGAGGCCUCACAGCAGCUGCUCUGGUGGCUGCGACCACGCCUCAUCCUGAGCGGCCACACGCACAGUGCGUGCGAGGUGCUCCACGGCGCCGGAGUUACCGAGAUCAGCGUGCCGUCUUUCAGUUGGAGGAACAGAAACAACCCCAGCUUCAUCAUGGGCAGUAUGACGCCCACAGAGUACGCCCUCGCCAAGUGCUACCUCCCCCACGAGAACACCGUUCUGGCCACAUACUGUGUAGCAGCUGGGCUCCUGGUGGUCCUCAUAUUAGUUCACUCUGGGCUUCUACCCUCAUCUCUUAUUUUUGGCUGGAACCUGCUCAGAAAAUUUAAGACCACGUAAAGAGCAGGAGACUUUUGUAUUUCAUAGUAAAUAACAAAGCCCAAGAAACUGGACCUUGGGCAGGGCUCAUGUGAGAUGAGAUCAAAGGAGGCUGUCUUUACACACAUCACAGAAACUGUAAAUCACUGAUGCGAAUUCCUGCAGAAUAAAUAGUUGAUGGUACUGUUCUCAUGCUAUAAAAAUGGAACGUGUACUCUACAACAAGUCUGUUUUCUCAUUUUAUCAAAUAUAUGUAUAAUCAAAGAUCGUGUCUGUACAAUAUGUAAAAGCUAUUAAAGUCAU